AGACAUGAGGAGGACGAACUUGGAAGAACGGAAAGAGCCAGGAGAGGACCUCAGGAAAAAUGAAACAUUUAUUGCAAGUUUCUUGAAAGGAAGAAAGGAAAGGAAUCUGGGCCAAUUAGCAGGUUGGGGAAUGGUGGUCUAAUCCCCCUUUGCAUUGCAGUGACUGGGACACCCCCAAAAGGAAAAAGAAGCUGGACCUAGACUUCAGAAAGGAGUGGUCGUCUCAGGACUCGGUCUCUUCGGAAUCGACCGACUCAGGUGUUGGCCCUGACUCUCCUAUGGAGGCGGAUGUGGAGAUGUUUCCUGAGGACCUAGAAUCGCUUCCCCUUCGGAAAAUGAAGUCCUUGCCGGUGAGGCUCCUGGGUUCCAGUCCUGUCCUUAGGAACAUUUCACACUGCAAACAGUGCAACGGUCCUGGCCAGAACAACAACUUGGCUGCCCAAAAUAGCAUGGAAAGUGAAGGGGCCAUUUUUAAAAAGCCCUCCCGACCUACCAGCAGAUCCUCCGGGGGGCAGGGAGAGAGGGCUCCCUUCGCCCAGAGACCAAAUUCUGCCCCACAGCUGAUGUUCUGCAGCCCUGAGAAGGAGAACGUCCAUCCCGAGAGCCCGAUCUACCUCCGCCGUUCCUCCUUGACGUCCUUCAUGAACGAUGAAGACGAUGAUGGGUUUCUGGAAGUCCUCAGCGAAGAGGAUCUGAAGGGUGAUGGUGACCUCCCUUCAGGCAUGGAGAACCUGCUGACGGCGCCCCUGGUGAAAACAAAUGUUGAACCCGGUCAGGUGAGGUCCAGGUGCCAACGCCUCUUCCGGUCUCCCUCUAUGCCAAGCAGUGUCAUCCGGCCCAUCCUGAAGCGGCUGGACCGGGCCCAGGAGAAAGACACCCCCGUAAACACCAAGCGGCGGAAGAGCCUUAACGGCAACGCCAUUGUGGAGAAGCCGGAAGAACCGACGCCUCGGCUGGUGCGCUCCCGUUCUUGCUGUCCCUUGGAGAUUGCCAACAUCUUGGACCAAGACCAGCGUGAGCUGAUCGGCGACUUCUCCAAGGUAUUGGUCGAGAAGAAGUAUAAAGCGGUAUAUAAGUCUAAGGGCUAUGGCUAUUUCUAUUCCUCCUUUUAUCCCCAAAGGUGCCGUUUUGUUCGAGAGAAAGACCGCGCUCGUAAUAUGUAUCCCUCCCUCCACUACCCAGAGCUCUACGUUUUGAAAGGGGGUUAUAAGGAAUUCUUCCCCCAAUAUCAGAGUCACUGCGACCCACAGAACUACCGCCCGAUGCACCACAAGGAUUUCAAAGACGACCUGCGCACUUUCCGUCUGAAAAGCCGCACAUGGGCCGGCGAGAAGAGCAAACGAGAACUCUACAACCGCCUGCAGAACUGCUGAGGGCCGGAAGAAGCCCAGGAUGGGGGUGGGGAAUGGUUUGCAUUGGUGGGGUGGGAGUGGUGGGUGGGCAGGAAUGUUGGAUGGGGCAUCUUCG